CAUCAUCAGAACGUCCGCCAGCAAAACGACACAGGUCUUUCUCGAUCGAUCGGUCCAGAAGUUUUGGCUGAGAGGGAGCGAUAGGUGGGUUGAAGACGCGAAGCAAUCUCAUUGUGCGUGUCGGGGGAAGAUUCUUCGUCCCCAGUGGUCAAACUCCGCCCGCUUCACUGAUUCAUAGCUUCUCUUCAGAAGUUCUUGGGACCUCUCUCACCUACCACGGCGGAUCGAAAGAUUCAAUCCAUGGCUUUUGCCUCCCCGCUCGCUGCCAUCUUCUUGAUCGCUUUCGUCUUCUCGAUCUUGGCGGUUUCGUACUCUGUCCCCUUCAUCGUCUUGCAUGGCAUUGGAGAUCAGUGCUCCAAUCGAGGGGUUACGCAGUUCACUGAGCUUUUGAGCAAAUAUUCUGGUGCUGAAGGAUUUUGCAUAGAAAUUGGGGAUGGAGCAUGGGAUUCAUGGUUUAUGCCUCUUGACGAGCAGGCUAGAGUUGUUUGUGACCAGGUGAAAGAAAUGAAAGAACUAAGCCAGGGUUACAACAUAGUUGGUCUCUCUCAGGGAAACUUGAUAGGACGGGGUGUUCUUGAGUACUGCGAUGGGGGACCGCCUGUUAAGAAUUUUAUCUCCUUAGGAGGACCACAUGCUGGUACUGCUUCUGUUCCUCUAUGUGGUACCGGUCCACUAUGCAUUAUUGCUGACCACCUUAUCAAGUCGCAUAUUUACAGUGAUUAUAUUCAGGCUCAUUUGGCUCCUAGUGGUUAUCUCAAACUUCCAAAUGCUAUUUCAGACUAUUUGGCCAAAUGUAGGUUUCUUCCGAAGCUUAACAACGAACUCCCUGAUGAGAGAAAUUCCACUUACAAAGAACGGUUUAGUAGCUUGGAGAACUUGGUGCUUAUAAUGUUUGAACAUGACACAGUUUUGAUCCCCAAGGAAACUUCCUGGUUCGGAUAUUAUCCAGAUGGCGCAUUCAGUCCAAUAAUUCUUCCGAAUGAGACCCAGCUUUACACGGAGGACUGGAUUGGUUUGAGAAGUUUGGACGAAGCUGGGAGGGUUCAGUACCUUAGCGUCUCAGGAAACCAUCUUGGGAUAUCCAGAGGUGAUAUGAAAAAGUAUGUUGCUCCUUAUUUGGAAGAACAGAAAACAAGAACCCCCGAUCAGGUCAGGGACGGAGAAUCAGCUGAAGUGCCGCUUCUUCGGAGAUUGUCGUCUUAUGAGUGGCCAUCGUCGCUCAAGAGUUUCAUCAGUGAAUUGCUUGAACUCACUGGGGAGAAGCUAUUAACAGGCUAUUGAUUCAAAUGUGUACAUGAUGUGGUAUCCACACCACCUUACGAUAGUGUUACAAUAGAAAAAUGUGGGAUUGCUUGUUCCAUUGUACUAUGAGGGUAAUUGCACUCGAACCCUUUCUUAUGGUCAAUUGGUCCUACGGUAUAUACGGUCCUGUAAUUCUAACGAGUAAGCGGGACAGUGGAGAAGAAUCUCGGGUUGUCAUGACACGUAGCUUUUGCUUGUA